GCCGCCGUCUGGCGGAAGGAGCGAGGGGGCCGGUCUCACGUGGUGGGGCCACCGGGAGCCCCGACCAGUCGCCGCCGUGCUCCGUCCUCCCCCGCGGUCCCUAUCCCGGCCGGGCUUGGAGGCGAGCUCCCUAACCUGGGAACUGCCCUCGUCCUCACCUGCGGUCUCUACCGGCGGCGGGGCCAGAGGUGAGCCCCUUACCAGGGACCACCUGCAGGUUGGUCCUUCCGCGGGGUCGGCCGGGAGGUGAGCAUCCAACCUGGGGACGACCCUCUGCCCCCGCCGGCGGCCCCUACCCAGAGUGGACCCCGAGAUAAAGUGUAGCGAUGGCCGCUGUUUAUUCUGGCAUUUCCCAUAAGCUUAAAAGCAAGACAACUUCCUGGGAAGAUAAACUGAAGCUAGCUCACUUUGCUUGGAUCUCCCACCAGUGCAUUCUUCCAAAUAAAGAACAGGUGUUACUUGAUUGGGCAAGACAGUCAUUAGUUGCAUUUUACAAGAAAAAACUUGAACUGAAGGAAGACAUUGUUGAAAGGCUGUGGAUCUAUAUAGAUAACAUUCUGCAUAGCAGAAAAUUACAGAAUCUCUUCAAGAAUGGAAAGACAAUUAAUCUUCAGGUUUCCCUAAUCAAGAUCAUAAAUGAGAGAAUAGCUGAGUUCUCGCUCUCGGGAUCCCAGACAAACAUCUGUGCUGUGCUCAGCUGCUGCCAGGGCAUCCUCUCGACGCCCGCCCUUGCGGUCAUCUACACGGCCAGACAGGAGCUGAUAGUGGCCUUGCUGAGCCAGCUGUGCUGGUCGGCCUGCAGGCAGCCAGCAGCCACCGUGGUGGCCCAGUUAUUCGAGGUCAUUCAUCUGGCCCUUGGCCAUUACCUCUUGAUCCAGCAGCAGCAGGUGAACCCAAGGCGCGCCUUUGGAGAGGUGACGGGGCAUCUGCUCCAGCCCUGCCUGGUCCUGAGGCACCUGCUCUCGGGGGGCACAUGGACACAGGCUGGCCAGGGACAGCUGCGGCAGGGGCUGAGCCGGGACCUUCGGAGUCAGAUAGAGGCCAUGCUUCGAAGUGGUGCGUUUCAGCUCGAGCUGCUCUCGUCCUACAAGGAGGAGCUCUUGGACCAGCAGCAGGGGGACUCGAAGCUGGGGGCCAUGAAGAAUCUCCUAGCCCCCAUGGACACUGUGAUCGCCAGGCUGGUCGAUGCUGGCUACUGCGAGUCGUCCCUUCAUGCUGCUGUUGUGGCCAGCUCGGUGGCCUUGCUGUACAAGCUCUUUCUAGACUCUUACGUCAAGGAGGGGAAUCAGCUUCUCUGCUUCCAGGUGCUUCCCAGGCUGUUUGGCUGCUUGAGGAUUUCACACCUGCAGGGGGAGCAGCUGCAAGCCCUGUCCGCGUCGGACUGGACCACAGAACUCCUGGUCGUGGAGCAGCUGCUGAGCUCCGUGGCGAGCAACAACAUCUAUAACAUCGCGGCCGACAAGAUCCGGCACGGAGAGGCCCAGUUCCGCUUCUACCGCCGCGUGGCCGAGCUGCUGGUAAACCACCCGCAGGCGUCUGUGCCAGCCUGGUUCCGCUGCCUCAGGGCUCUGGUCUCCCUCAACCAUUUGAUCCUGGAGCCAGACCUGGACGACUUGCUGGCUGCAGCGUGGAUCGAUGCAGACGUAGCAGAGUUUCGGACCAGAAAGGCUCAGGAGGCCCUUAUUCACACUCUCUUCCAGACGUACGUCAAACUCCGCCAGGUGCCACGGCUGUUCGAGGAGAUCCUGGGGGUGAUGUGCCGUCCCGCUGCCGAGGCGCUGCGGCAGCCGGUGCUGGCGGCGGGCCCCUCCGCGGUACUCUGCGAGUGCCUCCUGGAGCUGCCUCUGAGUCAGGUCUUGGACACCUGGUCCCUGGUGCUGGAGAAGUUCCAGUCCUUGGUCCUGCCUUACUUGCGGGAUGACGCCGACAUGGCCUUGAAGUCGCUGUCCCUGAGCUCCCUGCUGCACUGCGUCAUGUUCAACAUGAGGAGCCUGGACAGCAACACCCCUCUGCCCGUCAUCAGACGGACGCAGGGCACCAUGCAGGGGAUGCUCCGAGAGCUCGUGAAGCCCCUGCUGGGCCUCCUCCUGGACCCCCCGGGCCCAGAGCCGGAGCUGUGGCUGCAGAAGGUCAGCGACUCCGCGCUGCUGCUCUCCCACACCUGGGCGCAGGUCGACACUGUGCUCGGUCUGAACUGUAGCCAGUAUCACGCUGCAUCUGGGGCCCCUACAGGUGUUACUCCGGAGGUCUCGAACCUCCCUCUGUUGCUCCCAGGUGUAGAGACACACCACUGGAAGAAGAUAGAAAAGAUCACAGCUCAGUUUGACUCUCUGGGCAGGUAUUGCUUAGAACAGCUCUACUUGCAGAAAAUGAAAAGGACUUUGAUGCAAACCGGUUUCCAGUGUGAAGAAGCCCUUUGUACUCUGAGGGAUGAUGCUGCCUACAUCCUUGCUUCCGGCAGAGAGAGAUUGACUGUGGGGACCACAGCUUCCUGGGACGGCCAGGUGGGGACAGUGAGUGCGGUCACAUACCCUGUAGCUCACUGGCACUCGAUUGUGUCAAAUCUCACAAUCUUAACACCCUAUCUUUGUCCAGAUGACGUGAGAUACCUGGCCGGUGUCCUCCUGAGCACUUUGCCGAUGAACAAAGUCCAGGAAGGCUCAGCAGAUGAAGAGCCAAACAUCACACUUGAAAAAAUAUCCGAGGCCCUGUUUCACAGCUCCCUCUUUCCAGAGAUGCAGUCCCUUUACUCUGCCUUCUUGGUGUGCCUCACUGAGAGGUAUGCCGGCGUUCUGCGUUCUGGCGCCCGGGGCGACCUGAGGCUUGUCAGCCAGCAGCUACCCUGGGUUUUUGGAGAGGACCCCGCAGAUGUGGCCCACUGGGAAACCAAGCACACCAAAGUCGGACCUGAAGGUGCAGAAUCAAGAGGAGAAAUUGCCCAGAACUUACUAUCCUUGGCCAAGCGUGACUUCCCCAUUCGGCUGGGGGGAGAGCAGUUGGAGAGCAUCCUGGGGCUUUUGGACGUCGUGUCUGCGCUGCAGCUGGACAGCCUCUCGGCUGCCUGCCACGUGCGCUGCUUCCUUCUGCUCCUGUCCACGGCCAUGGCCAAGCUGCGGAGCCCCCGCUCCUCCUCACAGACCCUGAAGUUCCUGACGACCUGCUACCGGCUUCUCAGUUACCUGCAGAGAGGGAAGAGUGCCCGUUCAGUGCUCAAGGUCAUGUACAUCAGUGACAUAUUUGAAAUCGUACUGACCUCACUGUUCAAAGCCAGCAGUGGAUUUCUCACUGAUCGGGAUGACCCCUCUUGGCUGGAAUUCCUCCGAGUGAUAGGGACGUUCUUGGAACAGCUCCUGCAGAUGCUUGUGCAGAUGAAGCUCAGCCCGGUGCUCAAUUUUGGGAAAAUCAUCGCAUUCCUCUCCGGGUGCAAAGGGCACACUGAAGCAGCUUCAGGCAAACAGGUGAAAACUCAGGAUCCUCCGGGCCGGCAGCUCCUCCUGGUGUCUCUGACCACGUUGUGCCAAGUGCUGGGGCCUUCCGUCCGAGAGCGGGGGCAGCAGCCCGAGGCCCCGGAAGCGCUGCUGGGGCUGUUGCAGCAGGCGGCGGUCCAGCUGGGCACCCUGCUGGGGCUCUGCGCGCCUCGGGAGAGCCGGGGCCUGCACCCCGCCUUCCUCUCCUCGGUCUGCACACUCCUGGAAGUGGACGUGGGCCAGCCCCCCAGGCCCAGCGAGACCGAGAUCUCGCGAGUCACAGACCAAACUCCGCUCCCCGGCCCCGCCCUCUACCGGAGCGUUUACUCACAGGUCCUGCCUGCGUUGCCGGCCCUGGCAGGACACCCCCAGUCCUUCCAGGCAGCUGUGCGGUUUCUGGCCCUCUUCUCCUCGGCCCCGGAACUGCACCCCGAGGGGGAGUCCGUGUUCGCCUCCGUGUUUCAUGCCGUGAGAAACGUCCUCACAGACCCCGCAGUUCCGGUCCAGGUGAUCCAGGAUAUCGAGCCUCAUCUGGGAGCCUUGCUCAGCCACAUGCUGGAGGUGGGGACGACAGAGGACUUCCGGACGCUGCUGCAGUGCGUUCUCCAUGGGCUGGACGUCAGGAACGCGUGGCAAGCAGACCAGCCGACCGUUCUGUCGUCGGUGACACUGGUCAAGUUGUUGCUGAGCUGCCCGCUCGACGGAGAGAAAUCGCGUCUGUUCUGGCGCGCAUGCCCGCAGAUAAUCACGGCUCUGACUCUGCAAAACCGAGAGGCCUGUCAGGAGCAGCCCCUGCCCUUGGCGUUGGUGGAGUCCAUCCUGGAUGUGCUGGCCGCCCUGCUGCGGCAGGGGGAGGAGGCCAUCAGCAACCCGCACCACAUCAGCCUGGCCUUCAGCAUCCUGCUGACGGUCCCGCUGGACCACCUGAAGCCCGCGGAGUACGGGAGCAUCUUCCCGCGAGUGCACAAUGCGCUCUUCUCCAUCCUGCAGUGCCACCCGAAGGUAAUGCGGAAGGCCAUCCCUUCGUUCUUGAACUGCUUUAACAGGCUGCUGUUUUCAGUUAUUCACGAGGGACGGCAGAAAGAUAAAGGGAGCGCGGACGACCUGCCGGCGGCCCUGGAGUGCGCCCGCCUGGUGGAGAGGAUGUGCAGCCACAUCGCAGCCCAGGCCGAGGACUUCGCGGUGUUCGCCCCCUUCAUGGUGGCCCAGUACCUGGCGGAGGUGCAGAAGGUCACCCUGUGCCCGGCCGUGAAGGGCCCCCUGCGGGAGGGCAUCUACCUGCUCCUGGACCUCUGCAUCGAGCCGGACGUGCAGUUCCUCCGGGCCUCGCUGCCCCCGGGCACCAGAGACGUCUUCACGGAGCUGCACGGCGACUACACGAAGCACCACAAGGGGAAGCACGAGGGCGAGCGGAGGUACGCCGCCUGAGGCCGCGCCGCAGCCGCCGCGGUCGCCACAGUGGACUGGGGCGCCUCGGACGAGAGCGACCUCAGACGUUCUCAUCUGCGAUGGGGAUUGUUUAGUGUACAUGUUGUAUUUUAUAGUCAAGUUUUCAACACGGAGCGUUUUUUAACAUGUAUUUUUUAUGCAGUAAGUAUUGCAACACAAUCCUGGAAACAGCACCUCAGAAUGAGGUGGAUUCAACAAAAAAUUGCUGAGCCCCUCUCGUGGCCAUUCCAGACACGGUUCCUGCCUCGUUCCCUCGCUCCACUAGGGACUGUGCAGAACUCGGUAUUCUGUGUCGGGUGCACGCUGUGUAAUGACGUCCACUCAACACCGUGGCCUUUUAUCUUCCGCAAGUAACGUGGGAGUGUUGUUGGAAUGGCACUAUUCCUGAGGCUGCCUUCCGACGGCGCUGGGAACGCUAGAGCCCCGCGGCGCGGCAGGAGCUGGGGGCACUGCCCUGGCGGGGGUGGCACACAAUUGUGCAGGCGGGCGCAGUCGUGCAGGCACAGGGGCCGGUCCGGUGGCCGGUCUCCUGCCUGCCUUUCUGCUCCAGCUCUGCGUGUGCUUUAGAUGCAUUUCCUAUUCAGUCCAAGAAAUGCUAAUUAUUGUUUUCUUCUACCCUAAGCAAUGCAUUUCAUUAUGUCAAUCUCAGAAAAAUAAAAAUGAAAGGGAAAACUAUUUAUUUUUUUAGCAGAAAAAUUUUUAGAAGCAUUUAGUUUCAGCCCCUGUGCUUUCCUUGGAGUACUUCGUUUUCAUCCCUUUGAGAUACACACACACACACACACACACACACACACACAGUCAUCACACACACGUGUGAGUGUGUAAGUGAUCAUAGUUGCCAAAACGGAUCAUAAAUUCAAUUUUGUUUUGUCUUGGCUACCUAACAGCUUUUCCUGUGUAAACGUUCAAUAACGUCUUUGGGUCUCCAAAGGCAUUUCAAAUACUUUUUUUAGUCGUUCGUUGACUAGAUGUAGCCGUUCUGUUCCGUAAAUCCCCGCAGCCAGACAGCAGGGUCUCCCGGGUUCCCUGGCACACGCGGUGCUUGCAGCCGAGUCUUUCCUUCCUUCUUUAUUUGCAUGAGACGAAGUCCUGUAAGUUGUGUUGCUGGUCAGAAAGUCCCAUCAGUUUUUAAGAAUUUGUAUAAAUACUGCUAACUUGCCCUCCGCAAAGUAUAUUGAUUUUUUUCCCCACUAGUGAAUGAACUUCAGUGUUAUUGUCUCUGUUUUAUGCUUCCUUAAUGACAAGUAUUACUUUGUUUUGAAUUUCUUUAAUUGCUAAAUUAUACAUUUUUUAUAUUACCACUUUUAUUCUUGUGCAAAUUAUGUCUGUGUAAUUAUGUUUCUUAUGUAAUGUCAGCCUGUUUCUCAGUUAGGAUAUUUGCUUUUUUCUUGCUGUAUCUGUGGCACUUAAGUUGGAAUUCUCAUUCCCCUUCUUUAGUCAAAAUGUCAACUUAGAUUAUUUGAAGGAUCUGUAAACAAAAAGCUUUUUUUAACACAACUUUUUAAAGCACAGGAACACAUGUCUUUGGAGCAGAUAACAUAAAAAUGGAUUUUUUGACUA